AUGUCGGAUUCUUCGAGAGAAAAAAUUUAUGGUGCUGACCCAUCCGAACGUAAUACACGACUGUUACGUGUUAAAGUUCUACGAGCAGUUGAUUUACAACGAAGAGACUUCCUUGGAGGAUCAGGUGACCCUUAUGUCAAGAUUCUUUUGCAAACUCGUGAAAAUCGCAAUCAAACAGUCGACAUUGCCCGAACGCGCACCGUACCGAAAACGUUGAAUCCUUUUUGGAAUCAAGACUUUGUAUUUCGAGUUGAUCCAACUAAGCAUCGACUAGCAUUUGAAAUCUAUGAUCAGAAUAAACUGACGAAAGAUGAAUUUCUUGGCAUGUUCUUCGUUGAAUUAGGCAUCAACAUACCUACUGAAUCACCUGAACAGCCCAUGUUAACAAGAGAUUAUUCGUUAUUGAAACGAAGUGUCCUUCAACGUGUUCGUGGUAAUGCAACCAUUGGAUUAUGCUAUAUAAAUGCAGAUCCAACAGUACUGCGAACAAGUUCAAUUGAAAGUCCGACUACGUCUCAGAAUGAUUCUGGUUUCGAGUUAGUCAAUCAUCGUGAUGCGGCUGAGCCAGUCACGUCAAUCGCUGAACCGCCAUUACCUCCCGGUUGGGAAGAACGAAAAGAUGGCUCUGGUCGCACUUACUAUGUUGAUCAUACCACUCGUAGCACAACGUGGAAUCGUCCGAACGGACGAAAUUCUGCAGCUCCUCAACAACCUCAACCACAAGUGAGCGAUCGCCAUCAAAUCGACGAUAUGACAACCAAUAGCACACGCACAAGCAUGACAACAAAUAGUCCAGCAGCAGCUUCACGCAACUCGACAGCGAGCGACACAACAGAUGGUCUUGGUCCAUUGCCACCCGGUUGGCAAAUGUCAAAAACAGACAACGACCGUCAAUUCUUUAUCGAUCAUAUUAACAAGCGUACAACUUGGGUGGAUCCACGCACAGGCAAACCAAGCCCGCAACCGGCUACUCAACGUGAAGUCAAUCAAAAUGGACCCUUACCGGAAAAUUGGGAGGUUCGUACAUUGCCAGAUGGUCGAGUGUAUUAUAUUGAUCAUGCUAAUAAAAUAACUACUUGGACAGAUCCGCGUGUUGCUGGACCGGCUGUUCCAUAUUCGCGUGAUUACCAAGCGAAAUACCAUAUGUUUCGCCGUAAUUUACCUCGACCCAAGCAACAUGUUGGCCCACAAAUUGAAUUACACGUCAAUCGUAAAGAUAUCAUGGAGACAUCAUUUCGCGCUGUGAUGUCAAUCAAAGAUGUUGAAGUAUUCAAAACCAGACUUUGGAUUGUCUUCGAUGGUGAACGUGGUUUGGAUUAUGGAGGUUUGAGUCGUGAAUGGUUUUUAAUUCUUUCGCGCGAAAUGUUCAAUCCAUAUUAUGGCCUAUUCGAAUAUAGCGCGAUCGAUAAUUAUACUCUGCAAGUUAACCCGGCGUCCGGCAUACUCAAUGAGGAGCAUAUAAAAUACUUUCGUUUUAUUGGUCGUAUCAUUGCUAUGGCUAUCUAUCAUGGAAAGUUAUUAGAAGCAUUCUUUAUUCGUCCGUUUUAUAAAAUGUUACUUUCGAAGCCAAUUACGCUUGCCGAUAUGGAAUCAGUUGAUCGUGAAUAUUAUCAAUCUUUGAAAUAUAUCGUCGACAACGAUCCAGCGGAUUUAGAUCUCUAUUUUGUUGUUAGCGAAGAAGUUUUAGGUGAAUUACAUGAACAUGAAUUGAAACCAGGUGGUCAACAUAUUCAAGUAACACAGGAAAAUAAACAGGAAUAUAUUGAUUUGGUAAUCAACUAUCGAUUUGUGCAACGAAUAGCAACACAGAUGAAUGCCUUAAGACAAGGCUUUCAAGAUAUAUUACAACUUGAAGCGAUUAAAAUCUUCGAUGAGAAAGAAGUGGAGCUUCUUAUCAGUGGUCUCGGAGAAAUCAAUGUGAACGACUGGCGCAUGAACACCAUGUAUAAAGGUGGUUAUACCCCGGAUAAUCCCGUGAUACAACAUUUUUGGAAGGCGAUUGGAUCGUUUAAUACGGAAGAACGUACUCGCUUACUCCAGUUUGUUACUGGUACAUCUCGAUUACCAAUGAAUGGUUUUCGUGAAUUAUGGGGAUCAUCUGGACCACAAUUGUUCACAAUUGAAAAAUGGGGCGAUCGUAGUAAAUUACCACGUGCUCACACAUGCUUUAAUCGCAUCGAUCUUCCACCUUAUGAAAGUUAUCAAGAUUUACGGCAAAAACUCAUUCAAGCAAUGGAAAUGAGCGAAGCUUUCGAAGGUGUUGAUUAA